AUGGAUGCUGCGAGUUCACGUCCCGCUGUAGUAAUUGAUAAUGGAACUGGGUAUACGAAGAUGGGUUUCGCAGGAAAUGUCGAACCGUCUUUCAUACUUCCCACAGUAGUUGCUGUAAAUGAGUCAUUUGUCAACCAGCCGCGUGCCAGUUCUACGAAAGGCAGCAAUUGGUUAGCGCAGCAUAGCGCGGGGGUGAUGGCGGAUCUGGAUUUCUAUAUAGGGGAAGAAGCUUUGUCUAGAUCUAAAUCUAGUAGCACUUACAAUUUGAGCUAUCCCAUUAAGCACGGUCAAGUGGAUAAUUGGGAUGCAAUGGAAAGAUUCUGGCAGCAGUGUAUAUAUAAUUAUUUGCGAUGUGAUCCAGAGGAUCAUUACUUUUUGUUGACUGAAAGUCCCUUGACUGCGCCGGAAAGUCGGGAAUAUACUGGAGAGAUUCUGUUUGAAACUUUUAAUGUUCCUGGGCUUUAUAUCGCAGUGCAGCCUGUGCUGGCUUUGGCUGCUGGGUACACAACAUCCAAGUGUGAGAUGACAGGAGUUGUUGUGGAUGUUGGAGAUGGGGCUACUCAUGUUGUACCUGUUGCAGAUGGUUACGUUAUUGGGAGCAGCAUUAAGUCGAUUCCAGUUGCUGGAAAAGAUGUUACUCGCUUCAUUCAGCAGCUCAUGCGAGAAAGAGGAGAACAUGUUCCACCUGAGGAGUCGUUGGAAGUAGCCCGAAAAUGGAGAGGUACUAAGCCAAAGACGGGGGCCCCAUAUUCUUGUGAUAUUGGCUAUGAACGCUUUCUCGGCCCUGAGGUCUUUUUCAGCCCUGAGAUUUAUAGCAGUGAUUUUACAACCCCUUUACCGGAGGUGAUAGACAAAUGUAUUCAGUCUGCACCUAUAGAUACAAGAAGGGCCUUGUAUAAGAAUGUUGUAUUAUCUGGAGGAUCAACCAUGUUCAAGGACUUUAACCGAAGGCUGCAACGGGAUCUAAAAAAGAUUGUUGAUGCUCGGUUUCAGUCAUCAGAUGCUCGGAUUCGUGGAGAAGUGAAAGCACAACCAGUGGAAGUAAAUGUUGUCAGCCAUCCUAUCCAGAGAUAUGCAGUUUGGUUUGGAGGCUCGGUACUUGCAUCUACUCCUGAGUUUUUCAAGGCUUGCCAUACCAAGGCAGAGUACGAGGAAUGUGGAGCGAGCAUAUGCCGUACUAACCCUGUUUUCAAGGGAAUGUAUUGA